GACCAGCUCCACGCCGGCCCCGGGCGUCCGUCCGUCGGUCCCGCGACCACUCCGACGUUCCACCCAGCGCUUGCAGCCUCGCGGCCCGGCCGGCCUGGGCUGCGAUCAAUGCGGCUUUGUCUGGGACGCCCACACCCCAGAGGCCGCUCCCGGGUCGGCAAAUCGGAGCGCGGCCGGGGCGCGCGGGGGUGAGAUAAGCGGCCAUGUGACCCCACCUGGGCGGGCGGGGGAGGGGCGCCAGGUGAGGCGGCGGCCGGCGGGGCGCGGGCGGCCACGCGGGGCUCCUGCAGCAUGGCUGUCAGCAGGAAGGACUGGUCCGCGCUGUCCAGCCUUGCCCGGCAGCGGACUCUGGAGGAUGAGGAGGAGCAGGAGCGCGAGCGCAGGCGGCGGCACCGCAACCUGAGCUCCACGACGCAGGAUGAGGCUCCCAGGCUCAGCCAAAACGGAGACCGGCGGGCCUCUGCUUCUGAGAGACUGCCGAGUGUGGAAGAAGCAGAGGUGCCCGAGCCACUGCCCCCAGCCUCCAAAGAUGAGGACGAGGACAUCCAGACCAUCCUCAGAACGCGGCAGGAGCGGAGGCAGAGGCGGCAGGCAGUGGAGGCUGCACAGGCCCCCAUCCUGGAAAGGCUGGAGGCAGACAAGGGGAGGGACAGCUUCAGCCCUGGGCAGGCCACACAGCAACCCCUGGUCCCCAGGAAGGAACCGGAGACCCCACCUCGCCGGAGACUGAGUCGUGAACAGCGGGGCCCCUGGGCCCUGGAGGAGGAGAGCUUGAUGGGCAGGGAGCCAGGAGGGAGGAAGAAAGGGGUUCCAGAGAAGUCCCCAGUCUUGAAGGAAUCCUCCACACCAGAAAAGAUAGCACCCAAAAAGAGCCUGGUCUCUGAGAAAACCUCUAUCUCCGAGAAGGGCCUGGCCUCAGAGAAGACAUCCCUAUCGGAGAAGACAGCAGUGUCAGAGAAAAGAAACAGCUCAGAGAAGUCUGAUCUAGAAAAAAACAGUGUCUCCGAGAAGUCACUGGCCCCAGGGAUGGCACUGGGCUCAGGAAGACGGCAAGUGUCUGAGAAAGCAUCUAUCUUCGAGAAGACACUGGCCUCAGAGAAGAGCCCAACCACAGACGCCAAGCUGGCCCCAAAGAGGGCCACAGCCUCAGAGCAGCCCCUGGCGCAGGAACCUCCAGGCUCUGGCAGAAGCCCAGCCACCACCAAGGAGCAGAGAGGAAGGACCCUCCCUAGGAAGAACCUGCCCUCCUUGGCAGAGCAGGGGGCUUCGGACCCUCCGACGGUGGCCUCCCGCCUCCCACCCAUCACACUCCAGGUGAAAAUCCCCAGCAAGGAGGAAGAGGCAGACAUGUCCUCACCCACCCAGCGAACCUACAGCAGCUCCCUCAAACGCUCCAGCUCCAGGACCAUCUCCUUUCGGAUGAACCCCCGGAAAGACGACUCAGAAACAACUCUAACUCGCAGCGCCAGCGUGAAGCUCCCAGCCAGCACAGUGAAGUUGGGAGAGAAGCUGGAGAGAUAUCACACGGCCAUACGGAGAUCGGAAUCCGUCAAGUCUCCGGGCUCCUCUCGCACUGAGUUCUUCGUGGCCCCUGCGGGUGUAGCCAGCAAGCGCCACCUCUUUGAGAAGGAACUGGCGGGUCAGAGUCGAGUGGAACCAGCCUCCAGCCGGAAGGAGAAUUUGAGGCUCUCAGGGGUUGUGACAUCAAGGCUCAACCUGUGGAUCAGCAGGACCCAGGAGUCCGGAGAUCAGGACCCCCAGGAGGCACAGAAAGAGUCGGCUACUACCAAGAGGACUCAGUGGGGAAAGAAACCUGACUCCUUGCUGGACGCUGAGGUGUGACAAGCUCUGCAAAGACAGACCUGCACGUCUUCAUCUCGAGGGGUCUCCCUCGUGCCUGGCCCUGCCUCUCUCAGCAGCACCCCUGCCUCCUCUCGUUGCCCCUGUUCCCUUUUCCCCUCUGGAUCUGUUUGGGCAGAGCCUCUGGGGUCGGGAAUAUUUGCAAGACUCAGCCAGCUCCUUCCCGGCCCAGCCUCUUGGGGCUGGAAUCUUCUCGCCUCACUGCAGGCGCAGCAGAUGCUGGGACCCAGCACAGGCGCACAGCAGCACUAUGGGGCCUGUGUCCUGGCCAGAGGCAUCUGCUCCUUCCUGCUCCCAUCCAGUGUCGGGGCAGGGUGUCCUCAAGAACUCCAGAGUCACCUGUCUCGUUGGCUCCCAGCAAGUGCCUCUGAGUGUCUGUGAUGUCUCCAUCACUGAGCCCUGGGCCCACCCAUCUUGGUCCCUGGGACCUGUGCCCAGCCACCGAGGCCCACUCUGGUCAGAUUGGGAAGGAGCUGCCCGUGCAUCUGCCACAUGCCCCAUCUCCCUGCUUUGUUCUCCCCUCCCUUCCCUGGCCUGCUGCCCUGGCCAGGAGCUAAGUGCCUUUUUGUGUGCAACCACUUACCCUUUCUCUGAAAAACCUAUUCUCAGGAAGAAUCUGAUAAACUCAUUCACUCUCAGGUGCAAUUGA